UUACAGCCCCGCCCCUCCUUUCCCCUCCUCUCCCAGCCUGGGUGCGCGGUGUCCACGUCCCCACCGCUGUCCCGGCUUCCCAAGACGAUGGCGCCCCCGACCCCUCGCCGCCCGCCGCCGCCUCUGGUCCUGCUGCUGCUCUGGGUGACCGGGCAGGCGGCGCCCGUGGCUGGGCUGGGCCUGGACCCCGAGUCCGAGCUGCAGAUCGAACGGCGCUCCGUGCCCGCCGAGUGCCCGCGCGCCGUGCGCCCAGGAGACUUUGUGCGCUACCACUACGUGGGCACCCUGCGCGACGGCCGCCGCUUCGACGCCAGCUAUGACAGAGACUCCACUUUCAACGUGUUUGUGGGAAAAGGACAGCUGAUUGCAGGGAUGGACCAGGCCCUGGUCGGGAUGUGCGUAAAUGAGAGGCGCUUCGUGACGAUCCCCCCGAAACUUGCCUACGGAAGUGAAGGAGUUGCUGGCGUGAUCCCCCCGAACUCCGUGCUCCAUUUCGAUGUGCUUCUGGUGGAUAUUUGGAACUCUGAGGACCAGGUGCAGAUUCACACGUAUUUCAAGCCUCCCAGUUGCCCUCGGACCGUCCAGGUGUCUGACUUCGUGAGGUAUCACUACAACGGUACCUUCUUGGAUGGCACGCUCUUUGAUUCCAGUCACAAUCGCAUGAAGACCUAUGACACGUACGUGGGAAUUGGCUGGCUGAUUCCUGGCAUGGAUAAAGGGCUGCUGGGGAUGUGCGUGGGAGAGAAGCGUGUCAUCACCGUUCCGCCUUUCCUGGCCUAUGGCGAAGAUGGCGACGGGAAAGACAUUCCUGGGCAGGCAUCACUGGUGUUCGAUGUCGUGCUGCUGGACCUCCAUAACCCCAAGGACAGCAUUUCCAUUGAGAACCAAGUGGUGCCGGAGAGUUGCGAGCGCAGGAGCCAGAGCGGGGACUUCCUCCGGUACCACUACAACGGCACACUGCUGGACGGCACCCUCUUCGACUCCAGCUACUCACGGAACCGCACCUUUGACACGUACAUCGGGCAGGGCUACGUGAUUCCAGGCAUGGAUGAAGGGCUGCUGGGUGUGUGCAUCGGAGAGAGGCGGAGGAUUGUGGUGCCCCCUCACCUGGGGUAUGGAGAGGAAGGAAGAGGGAACAUACCAGGCUCGGCCGUGCUGGUGUUCGACGUGCACGUGAUCGACUUCCACAACCCCUCAGAUUCUGUCAGCGUCACCUCUCGCUACCGGCCACCCGACUGCUCGGUGCUGAGCAAGAAGGGCGACUUCCUCAAGUACCACUACAACGCGUCGCUGCUGGAUGGGACGCUGCUGGACUCCACGUGGAAUUUAGGCAAAACUUACAACAUUGUGUUGGGAUUUGGACAAGUUGUGCUGGGGAUGGACAUGGGUCUCAGAGAGAUGUGCGUGGGUGAGAAGCGGACGGUGAUCAUCCCGCCCCACCUGGGCUACGGGGAGGCUGGCGUGGCAGGGGAGGUGCCGGGCAGCGCUGUGCUGGUGUUCGACAUCGAGCUGCUGGAGCUGGUGGCCGGCCUGCCUGAGGGGUACAUGUUCGUGUGGAACGGUGAGGUGUCCCCCAACCUCUUUGAAGAGAUCGACAAGGACGGCGAUGGGAACGUCCUCCUGGAGGAGUUCUCAGAGUACAUCCAUGCCCAGGUGGCCACUGGGAAAGGGAAGCUAGCUCCCGGAUUUGACGCCGAGAUGAUUGUGAAGAACAUGUUCACCAACCAGGACCGGAAUGGAGAUGGGAAGGUCACAGCUGAGGAGUUUAAGCUGAAAGACCAGGAGACCAAACACGACGAGCUCUAGUGCACAGCUUGAGCCAGCCGGUGCCGCGGAGCACGUGGCACCUGCCACUGUCACGCCGCGAGGGUACAAGGGUCUCCAGAAGUGAACGUCAGCAUUGGCAAGUGGGUCCAUGGCACCUGGUGCACAUGUGGGGUGGGUCGGGACUGAACCUGGGCCGGGGCCUUGGCCUGGAAAGGACUGGAAAGGCUACCUUGCCGAGCAUUAUCUGUGUGCCUUUCAGGACUCUUUGUAUUUAAUGGAAAAGAGCGCCAUCUUGGAGGAACAGGAGAAAAAGUGUCCAGCGUCUGCCUACAGAGAUUAAAGUGUUUUUUAAUCAUGAGUGUCUUAAACAUGUUCUCCACAUGGGCAGGAAAGAUGAAGAGUGCACGGGCCCUGUGGGAUGCCCGGACAGUGAGCCCGGCCUCUGCCCUCCCCGCAGCCAGCCCACAGGGCCCCUCCUGUGGUGGCGCUCCUGGGGGUCGGGAAAUGCAGUGCACCACACAGCGAGUCGGGCCCAGAGCAGCGAGCGCGAUCCUGCAGCUGUUGCCCAGGCUUCUCUGUGUCGCUCCCACCACUCUGUCCCCUUCCACGCUCUUCCAGACACGGGCACAUGAGGGCUGGAGGCCGGGCCUUGCUGAGAUGGGCCUGUCGCCCAGAUGAGCCCCUGAACGUAAGUGGGACCUCUGUCCUGCCACUUGUGUGCGUCCCCCCGCGGGUUGGGGGCUGGGGGACCUCCCUGCCAUAGCAAAGUAGACACACACCUGGCACCCUGCCCCUCAUCACUCAGUGAUCACGUCUGCCUUGUGUCCUCUUUCCCCGAGCGGGAUUGGCACUUACCCUGGAGUGUUAGGUGGCUUUUCCUUUUGAACUGCUCCACUAAUUUAAACUGUUUUGUCCUGAUGUAACCCUGAGGUAGUUCAUGAAAAUGCUAUGUGCUUGUUCCAUGCAAUAAAUGUCAGAAACUUGG